AUGCUGUGGCUCUCAUGGCUGAUCUUAACACAUUAUUUACUCCUUUGGUUUGCAAUAUGUAGAAUAAUGCAUGUGAGAUAUGUUCAGGUGUUGCUGGCUCACCUUGGACCAUGUAAAGCUGGUCCAGUGAGAAGCCACCACUCCUGGUGGAUUUGCCAGCUAGGCCAGGGCCUGACAUACAGGGUGCUUGCAGGGGUCCUGGCAUGGCAUGGGAAUUUCACCUCAGGGAUGGUCAUCCUGUCAAGGUCAUGCAGUGGGGGUUGUGAUGUGCCAGGGGUGCUGAGUGUGGUUACCAUAGUGGGUCCUAGUUGGGGUGCCAGAUGGAGCAGAGUCGAGGAGCAUUCUGUGAGAGAACUUGGGAAAGAUGGUUGUGGUUGA